AUGAUGAGUACCAAUGGAAGGGGCCCUUCUACUUCAUCCAAGGAGCAGAUCCUCAGUUUGGACUGAUGAAAGCUUGGGCAGUUGGAGACACUAACAAUGGAGAUGAUGAAUGGGGAGAAGAAAUCAAAUUAGCAGAACAAGCAGUGCAGGCCAUUAACAAACUAAUCCCUAAACCCAAGUUCUUUGUGUUGUGCGGAGACCUCAUCCAUGGAAUGCCAG